AUCAGCGAAAAGCUUCUUGGAAUUUCGAGUUUUAGCGCAAAGAUGCCCCAAAGAACAGAAAUUUCCCUCAAGAUGCUAUCAAGGAAAAAAGCUUGGCGUAAGAUGCUGGGAAAAAAGAGAAGUUCGCGGAAGAAGAGUUCCUUGAAAUCAAACGAAAAGGCAAAAAUGAUGAAACUUCCGUUGCCCGGUGAAUCUUCCAGCACCGCCCCAGAUUCGCAGAUUAUCUCCCCUAUGAAGACAAUCUCAUACGGUGAAUCUCACCACUUGCCUGCUGGCUUAUGCUCUGUCCAGACUGUGUUCACUAGGGAGUAUGAAGAAUGUAAAGAAAGAGAACGUAGGAAAGAGGUGGGCCCCACAGCCUUUUCGUUCGUCUAUGGAGGAGGGGUUAUUCUAUGCGCUAAUCAUUCACUUUCUAUCAACGAGGAUUGCAGACCAGGAUCUAUGAAGUCUGUCCAAAACGUUAUUGCUCUUAAUUCUAGCUUGAUUGCCUCUGUAUCUGGAGAAGACGUUGAGAAAUGCAAGUUAUUGCUCAAAGAUCUGCAGAGGAAGUGCCUCAAUUAUGAACGCUUUAAGGGGAGAAGAAUUUCCAUUGCAGAAGCAUCACAGUUGAUGGUCAUGGUUCUGUUGUCCCGCAGCGAAGUGGGUUUGCUAGCAGGGUGGGAUGAUAAAAUGGCCGGGUGUCUUGUAUAAAGUGGAUGGUGAAAAGGCUGUGCCGUCAAGAAUGCAUGCCACUGGAUUUGGUACUCAAGGCGUGUAUGGCGCUAUGACUAGUAUCAAGUUAGAUGGCAGUUAUCGGUACGAUAUGUCUUUGGUGGAAGCUGCCGAGGUAGCCAAACAAGCAAUAUGCUAUGGGUUGCGCUCUUGUGAUGAAAGAGAGGAUUUUGCCAGUGUUUUCCAUGUUGGACCUGAGGGGUUGGAUGUGGUUGAUGGUGAAAUAGAUAUAGAGAAAGCCUGGCGGGGGUAUAGGUUACCACUUCCAGACUACAGAUACCAUGGAGAGUAUUCCAGGAAGGAAAUUGGAAAGCUUAAACUCCUCUUUGGUAUUGGCUAUGAUUCGGAAAAAAUGUCGUUCCUACCCAAAACUUUGCCCUCGUCGUCAAUCAUACCCAAUAGAUUUUCGGUCAGUCAACUUUACCCUAAUGUUUGAAAUUUUCGCCAAUUUUGUCCAAUCGG